AUGACAAGCCAACAAGAACCUGAAUUCCACGCAACAGCGGCCAGUCUUUCACCUGUCUCCCCUUAUCCCGUACAUACCAUUGCGCCUGUUGUCGUUCCCGCGCUGCAAGACACCGUCGAUACCAUCGAGGCCAUGGUUGCCGCAGUCGCAGACGCGCCAAAUGCGGCCGUCGAGGCCAACCCCACCAUCGAAGCCGCGAAGGACGGCUUUGUAGACGACGACGACAGCUUUGACGCAGCCUAUGCCGAGGACUCCAAGCUCCAACUACUAUCCUCAACAGAUGCCGGGGAUCAAGACCCAAACGACGACUAUGCCAGGAUGUUUGACUCUCCCGUCGGCUCAGACCAAGAGGAGGAGGAGGAGGAUGCCUCCGUAGACGUAUCAGCUGCGCUAGACUCGACACUCUGCCAAGCCCAGCCCAUUCAAGCGCGCAAUAACGCAGCAAGCUCCUCAGUUUCCGCUUCUAACAGCAAUUCUUCACCAAGUACGCCCGAUGCUCCAGCCUCCCAACCUGCCGCCCAGCCACACGCAGGCCAUGAUGCCCCUGUCCCACCACCCCUUGAAGCUGCCAAAACUACCGAUGCUCCUCCAGCGGAUGCCCAUCCAGACCAACAGCUGUUCUCGCAAUACGAGCCCAUCUCCAACUUGAAUCCACAUGCCGAUGAUUCGCAUGGUUUUGCCAACCCGGCCACCACCCAAACCGACAACCUGCAGGCCACGGCCAGCAGCGAUGCCAACCCAACAACCCUAGCCUCUACAUCAUCACUUCCGCCUCGCCCGCCUCUUCCACAACCAGCAGCCCAUUCGUAUAGCCAGACCUCUGUGACAGGAUCAGUACAAGCCUCUCAAAUCGCGGCUGGACCGACGAGGGAAGCUGGUAGCACCGUCCCGCUGCCACCCCAACCCGUUCAUGGCACAUCUGCGCCAAGUGUCGCACGUGCCACCACUGCACCAGCCGACCAAGCCCCCGACGAAUAUCAGCGCUUAUGGGAUCAAUUCAUGGUGGAUGAGAGACUAUACAUGUCUGAAGCCAAGUGGGACCGCUUCCCUGAAGGCUCACGCCUCUUUAUUGGAAACCUGUCCAGCGACAAGGUCUCAAAGAAAGACGUCUUUGAAAUAUUCCACAAAUACGGCAGAUUGGCCCAAAUCUCUCUGAAAUCUGCAUACGGCUUCGUCCAAUACCAUACUGUUGAAGAAGGCAGCCGUGCAGUUCAAAGCCUCGAAGGUAUCGAGAUCAAGGGCCGACGUAUUCAUCUCGAGGUGUCAAAACUCCAAGAUAAGUCUAAAAAGGAGCGAAACAAGAGCCCAGAGAGAGGCAGCCGUGGCCGUGACGGUGCACGAAAAGGCGACAAGUACUACGACAGGGAUGAGCGUCGUGGUGGUCGCCAUCACUCGCCCCGUCGACAAGGACACCAUGGACGCGACUCUUCCUACAGCGGUCGUGAUAAAUUCCACGACUCUGGCCGCGGGCGCGAUCGCUCCAGAUCUCCUGGCUACGGUAGAUCCGACAAGAGCCGGUACCGGAAGCGGAGCAACAGUCCUUAUGGCGGGCGCUCACGAUAUCAAGACAAGCAAAUCGACCUACCUAGAAGAUAUGGUGCCGAAGUCCCCGACGUCCAAAUCAUCACCCCGCAAGAAGUCAACCGCGAGUUCACCAAAUGGGUCGAGCACAUAUUUAACACCAAGGGACUGCGAACAGAGGUCAUGAUCUUGCAUUCCCAGUUUCCUAAGGACCAAGUCAUUCAGCGCCAAGCAGCCGAGGGCGUCCACGCCGUGGUAGAGCUCGAUAUGCGCGCCCAGGACUCCGGCAUGAUCCCUGUGCAGGUGUUUGACCGUUCUGGCGGCUCAAACAAUGUUCGCUUCGACCAGUACGUGGAUCUAUUGCCAUCGAUGGCGGGUGAUAUUGUCAUCCGUGCCAAGAACGCUGCCGCCGCUACCGCCGCCGCUGCCGCUGCAUACACUCAGCAGUCGUACGCCGGCUACCAGUACCAGCCUCCCGCCCAACAACAUCCUCAACGCGGAGGCUACGGCGGCGCUGCGCCACCUCCCGUUGCGUAUGUCUCGGCUGCUCCUGCCGCUCCUGCCGCUCCUGCUAUUACAAACAUAGGCGACAUCGCCAGGCUCGUGGGCCACGUCGACAACGGCACCCUGCAACGCGUGCUCACUGCCAUGGCCGGGCCUGUACCAAACGCCAUGCCAGCGGCGGCCACACCUCCGGUAGGCAAUCCGUCUGUCGACAUCAACGCCCUCCUCAGUGCUCUCAGCGGUCCCGUCGCACACACGCCUCCUGCUGCACCAGCUGCUGCCCACUUUGGUGGCGCUUACGGUGGUGGCGGCCAGGUUCCCCCCCAUCACGGACCUUCCAGACCUAGCGGCACAGCCAACGGCGACUCGGCCGCUGUGCAGAAUAUCAUGGCCAAUCUCUCUCGAUACCGACAGUAG